AUGAGCACUUCGGAAGUGAUCACAGGGUUCACAGAAGAGCAAGAAGCUCAGGUGGUGAAAUCAUGGACUGCAAUGAAAAAGAAUUCUGGAGAAUUGGGUCUCAAAUUUUUUUGUAGGAUAUUUGAGAUAGCACCUUCAGCUCAGAAGCUGUUCUCCUUUUUGAAAGACUCAAAUGUUCCUCUCGAACAAAACCCAAAGCUUAAAUCCCUAGCCGUGACUGUCUUUGUUAUGACUUGUGAGUCAGCCGUGCAACUUCGGAAAGCUGGGAAAGUUGACAUGACAGAAUCAACCUUGAAAAAAGUGGGUGGUGUUCACUUCAAAAGUGGGGUGGUUGAUGAACAUUACGAGGCACAGAAGGCACAAGAAAAUGAAAAGUUGUGA